UUUCCCGUCUUCCGUUCUUAGAGAGGGAAGCGCAGUGAUUUUGGCGACGUUGAGAGAGAGAGAGGGGGAGAGAGAGCGAGCGAGAGAGUGAGUUCUGCUUCUUCUAUUUUUCAGAGGACGCAGGUUUUGGAAGACUCUGGAUGAAUGGGGACGCCAUUAACGAGGGAUGGAGGAGGAGGUUUAGCUAUAUUAUCGAACGUUGUGAAUCCUGUGGAAUCGUCGUCGCUGUCGUUGAGUAAGCGUUGUUCGAAGAGCUGCGAGCACAAGUCUCCAAUCCUCAUCUUCUUGCUCUUCCACAAAGCCAUACGCUCCGAGCUCGAUGCGCUGCACCGGUCCGCCCUGGCCUUUGCCACUGGCCAGCGAACCGAUAUUCAGCCACUCGUCCAGCGGUAUCACUUCCUCCGAUCAAUCUAUCAACACCACUCCAAUGCUGAGGACGAGGUAAUUUUUCCAGCUCUUGAUAUACGUGUGAAGAACGUAGCUCAAACGUACUCCCUCGAGCACAAGAGUGAAAGUGAUCUUUUUGAUCAUUUAUUUGUGUUGCUAAAUCCUAGUCUGCAGAGUGAUGAAAAUUACCCACGGGAGCUGGCUUCUUGUACAGGAGCCCUUCAGAUAUCAGUUAGCCAGCACAUGUCAAAGGAAGAAGAGCAGGUCUUCCCACUGCUUAUUGAAAAGUUCUCAUUUGAAGAGCAGGCAUCAUUUGUCUGGCAGUUUUUUUGCAGCGUCCCUGUAAAUAUGAUGACUGAGUUCAUUCCAUGGCUUUCAUCUUCUAUCUCACCAGAGGAAUAUCAAGAUAUGAUGAAAUGCUUAUGCAAGAUAGCACCUGAAGAAAAGCUUCUCCAACAGGUUGUGUUCUCCUGGAUAGGAGGAAGAAAAAGUGCCAACCCUGCACAGAGUCACAAAAAUCAUCCGCUCCAGUGUUGCAAUGAUUCUGGUGUGAGCGCAUCAACACGUCAAAUGGAGAAAGAAAAGUGUGCAUGCGAGUCUUUCAAAACAGGGAAGAGGAAAUAUAUGGAGUUUAGUGAUGUUUGUCAUGUCUCUGGAGGGCAACCUAUAGAUGAAAUAUUGUAUUGGCAUAAAGCUAUAGCAAGAGAGUUGAAUGAAAUAGUUAUGGAGGCUAGGAAGAUAAAACUUUCUCAAGAUUUUACAAUUUUGUCUGGUUUCACUGAAAGGUUGCAAUUCAUUGCUGAAGUUUGCAUCUUUCACAGCAUAGCUGAGGACAAGGUCAUAUUUCCUGCAGUAGAUGGAGAAUUCUCUUUUCAUCAGGAGCAUGCUGAAGAAGAAACUCAAUUCAACAAGUUUAGGUGCUUGGUUGAAAGCAUUCAGAAUGCAGGAGCAGCUUCUAGUUCAUAUGCUGACUUUAAUGAAAGUUUAUGCUCACAUGCUGAUCAAAUAAUGGAAACAAUCCAGAGACACUUCCACAAUGAGGAAGCUCAGGUUCUUCCACUGGCACGAAAGCAUUUUAGCCACAAAAGACAACGGGAACUUUUGUAUCAAAGCUUGUGCAUAAUGCCAUUGAAAUUGAUUGAGCGAGUCUUGCCAUGGCUGGUGGGAUCACUUGCUGAAGAUGAAGCCAGAAAUUUCGUUAAGAAUAUGCAUAUGGCAGCUCCUGCACUGGAUACUGCUCUUGUGACACUCUUUUCUGGUUGGGUUUGCAAGGGUCGUAAUCAGGGUGUUUGCUUGUCUUCAAGUGCAAUCGGUUGCUGCCAGGUAAAGAGGUUCACUGAGAUUGAAGAUGAUCUUGUCAGACCAAUCUGUGCAGGUGUUUCCACAUUGUCUACUGAUGAGAAACUAAAAUCAGAUGAAACAGAUGAUAACAAAAGCUUAACCCAACGAAGUGUUCCAGAGUCAUGCAAAAGUAAUCUAGCAUCUGAUUCUCCAGAGACUGUAAAGGCCCAUAACUUAUCUUGCAAUGAUCAAUCUUGUUGUGUCCCAGGUUUAGGAGUAAACAGCAAUAGUCUAGGGUUGAGUUCUCUUUCAGCGGCCAAGUCAUUGCGUAUAUCGUCUUUCAGCUCCUCUGCCCCUUCUCUUAACUCUAGCCUUUUUAUUUGGGAAACUGAUUAUAGCUCCUCUAAUAUAGGGUCUGCAUCACGACCUAUUGAUACUAUAUUUAAAUUUCACAAAGCCAUUCGUAAAGAUUUGGAGUAUCUAGACAUAGAAUCUGGAAAGCUUAGUGAUUGUUCUGAGGCGUCACUUUGUCAGUUUAUUGGAAGAUUUCGUUUAUUGUGGGGCUUUUACAGAGCUCAUAGUAAUGCUGAGGAUGAAAUAGUUUUUCCAGCAUUAGAAUCUAAAGAAGCACUUCACAACGUGAGUCACUCAUACACUCUGGACCAUAAACAGGAGGAAAAGUUAUUUGAAAAUAUUUCGAGUGUUCUUUCUGAGCUGUCACACUUUCAUGAAGGAUUGAAAAGAGAUGAUAUGGUGGAGGAUUCCACUGGAGGUAACAGUGAACUUUCUGUUAGCAUUGGUGGUUGUAUGAAGAAGUACAGUGAGUUAGCUACAAAGCUUCAAGGCAUGUGCAAAUCUAUAAGAGUCCUACUAGAUCAACAUAUUUUCAGGGAAGAACUUGAGCUCUGGCCAUUGUUUGGGAGACAUUUUUCAAUGGAAGAGCAGGACAAAAUUUUAGGACGCAUAAUUGGGACCACAGGUGCUGAAGUGCUCCAGUCAAUGCUACCAUGGGUAACUUCUGCGCUUACUGAGGAUGAGCAGAAUCGAUUGAUAGACACAUGGAAGCAUGCAACCAAAAAUACAAUGUUUAAUGAGUGGCUGAAUGAAUGCUGGAAGGGAACUUCAGUUUCUUUUAAGACUGAAACAUCAGAGAGCAGCAUUUUCCUAAAAGAUAAUGAUUUUCAAGAGAGUUUGGACCCAGAUGAUCAGAUGUUCAGGCCUGGCUGGAAAGAUAUAUUCCGAAUGAACCAAAAUGAGCUUGAAUUGGAGAUAAGAAAAGUUUAUCAAGACUCAACGCUUGAUCCAAGGAGAAAAGCAUAUCUUGUCCAAAAUCUUAUGACUAGUCGCUGGAUAGCUGCUCAGCAGAAGUUACCUCGAGCUGCUGGGGAGACUUCUAAUGUUGAUUUAUCUGGAUGCUCGACAUCUUUUCGAGAUCCAGAGAAGAAAGUAUUUGGGUGUGAGCACUACAAAAGAAAUUGCAAACUUCGUUCAGCUUGCUGUGGCAAGUUGUUUACAUGUAGAUUCUGCCAUGACAAAGUGAGUGAUCACUCGAUGGAUAGGAAAGCAACAUCAGAAAUGAUGUGCAUGCAAUGCCUCAAUAUUCAGCCAGUUGGACCAAUUUGCACCACACCUUCAUGCAAGGGGCUUUCAAUGGCAAAGUAUUAUUGCAAUAUAUGCAAAUUUUUUGAUGAUGAAAGGACUGUAUAUCAUUGUCCAUUUUGCAAUUUAUGCCGUCUAGGAAAUGGUCUUGGCAUUGAUUAUUUUCAUUGCAUGACCUGCAAUUGUUGCCUGGGUAUGAAGCUAGUGAACCACAAGUGCCUGGAGAAAGGUUUAGAAACAAACUGCCCUAUUUGCUGUGAUUUCUUAUUCACAUCAAGUGCAGCAGUCAGAGCUCUACCUUGUGGCCAUUUUAUGCAUUCAGCUUGCUUUCAGGCAUACACUUCCAGUAACUACACCUGUCCAAUCUGUAGCAAAUCCUUGGGAGACAUGGCAGUUUACUUUGGGAUGCUUGAUGCAUUGUUGGCUGCCGAGGAGCUUCCAGAGGAAUACCAGGAUCGAUGUCAGGAUAUACUCUGCAAUGAUUGUGAGCAAAAGGGCUUAUCACGCUUCCACUGGUUAUAUCAUAAGUGUGAAUCUUGUGGAUCGUACAAUACCCGGGUUAUAAAGACGCACGCAACAAAUUCGGACUGCUCUCCAACCUCAUGAAAAUAAAGUGUUUUUUACCUUGCAAAUAUGUUCGAUUGAUCAAGUUUGUAAAUACUUGUAUAGCCAAUAAUUAUUUAUUUUGUUCUCAAAUGUUAUUGCCAGAAGACUGGCCAGGCGUCCAAACAUAGAAACCAGCAUAGGGCGGCAGGAAAAUGAGAUACCAUGUGUAUGGAAUAAAUGUCAUUCUUGUAUUUUUUUGUUUUUUUAAUAUUUGAAAAUUUUAACUUGGAUGAGCCUU